UCGCUUCAUUUCAUCGUGAGCUAUCGAGCCUUGCAGUCAUCUCAGUUCCUCGAGUGUACUUCAUCAUGAGUGGCAAGUUUCUAGUGGUUCUCGCCGUCGCAGCUUUCAUCAGAGCUACACAAGCCAUGCCGGCAGAACUUGUGGCGGUAAUGUUAGAAAACCAGGAGAAAUGCAUAGCCAUGGCUGGAUCGGAUGAGGGAUAUCAGCAAAUGUUGGGUUCGAUUCAAAUGGCAAGGACCUGCGUACUAAAUCAGCUGGAUGUGCAGCAGUUGCAGAUAGAUGCCAUGCAACUUGCCCAGGGAUCAAGAAAGCCUUUUUUCGACAAAUAUUGUCCUAAGUUUAACGAAUCGGUGAGUUGUUUUGAUGAUACGUUUGAAGGCAUUGCCAAAUGCAGUGGUGAUGAUGUCGAUAAGGUUAAGGCAUUAUUGAAAAGCAUGACUCACGGUUUGUUGGAUCUAGCGUGUCAGAACGAUGGACAAUUAUUCUUUGACGCUCGAAAACCUGGUUUUAAAGAUUGUAUGAUCCAGCUUAAAGAGCACGGUGCUCAAGAAUGUAAGCUUUCGAAUUCAACAACGGAGACGCUUAUUUCGAGAUAUGGUGAACAUCAAUGUCGAGAAUUAGAUGACACCAAAGAAUGUCUCAAGAGGAAGAUAGACGAAUGCGAUGCUCCAAGGAUCUUUGAUAUUGUUCAAGUCGUGUUUAAUGCGAUAUCUAAGGCGAACGAUUGCAAACAGUACACUACUUUGGGUGAAAUCCCCAGCAAUAAUAUUGAUGGAACCGUGUCUGAAAACUAACCUGUGUUGGUUUUGAAGUAAUCCAUUUUUUUCGAACAUGCUUAACCAUAGCUCUCUUUCUUUAUAUAUUGUUUAAUUUUGUUGAGUUGUCAUAUUUUGCAUGUAAAAUAACCAAUCUGUGAAAAACUGUGUGAUUAUGAUUCGUAGUCCGAAUAAUUUCCCAACAAAACCUCGCCUUUUAGUCCCAAAAUCCUACAGGUACAGUUUAUGAACUAGUGCCUUCCCGAUUUUGACUACACGAGCUCACAUUUUUUCUCCUGUUUCGUACCAGUCAACUCUCCAUAUUUCUAUAUUAAAAGGACUAUCGAGAUAUGGAGGGAUCGAGAUAUACAACAAAAAAAGCCUACUUUACCAUUUGAAGGGUCCGUGAUAACCAUCGACAUAGAGAACAAAAGUGGUCACAUAUCGAUAUAUAGGACGAGAUGAGGAAAGAUGACUGUAAUUCUUUCUGGAUACAUUUUAAUGUAAUAUCAGCCUUCUCUGAUCCCAAAAGAACGCUCUAGUAAUGUCACAAAUUGAAAUUAGUGUUCGAUGAAUUUUAUAGAAAAGCUAGUAACCAAAAAACAUGUGUUGUCAAAACUGGAAGGCACUGUGUAAGUUACAUCCAUCAAUGAUUAAUAAUAGCAAUACACGAAAUACGGGCCCCUUGGUUCGAUUCCAGUAUGCACCGUUUUAUUUAUUUUUUUUUUAUUUUUUUGGCAAUGUUAUUUUUCAUAAGGCAAAUUAAUUUAAUUCAAAAUGAAUUUUUCAGGCUUAAAUACACAUGAAAAUCUUAUGAAUACCGAGAGUUUACUUCCCUAGUGUACCGUGGUGGAUUAAUCAACAUUCAUGGACCUAGGAUUUAUAAUCACUUUGGGUUAGGGUGCUUAAAUACACAAAUCGGUUGGUUCUAACAUAUACUUGUUGCGUUUCACUUUUUUCAUUUUGUUUCUACUUUGUUAUGAUUUUGUAUAGUUUGCAUUCGUCUAUAUUUGAAAUGUCAAAUGAAGGGCAAAUCACACAGAUCAAUUGUAUCCUGUUUUGUAAGAUGUAAUUAUUAUUAAGAUAAAAGAUGAUUGUUAAGAUACAGUAUAAAAACGUCAAGACAAACUGAAAAUACACACAGUUGAAUUCAAAUCACCGAGUGGGCACGCUGCUUCUCGGAGUGCAAUCAAUCUGGACUUUUACUUCGUCCUCUUUCGUUCCGAUUGAAGGAACCACAACGUAGGGUCCUGAUCUACCACUGAACGAAACAAUACUAUUAGAAAAAAUGGUGCAAUUUUACAAACGGAGGUUUUGGUUCUUUAGAGCUGUUCCUAAAUAAUUGCAUAGUAAAUUACAAUAAAAUUAUUUAAAUCAAAUAGAGCUCCACACUACUUAGUCGUUUCCGUUCUAAGUGCUAAAAACCAUAAAAACAAAACUUUUUCAGAUUAAUUACAUUUGAUGUUGACAUAUUUGCGCUCAUCAAUGAUCGAUUUGAAGCGAAGUGGAGCAUGACGAAGUGGUGCAAAGCCCUAUUCCCCUAAAGCAUAUGUUAAAGCCAGUCGAUUUAGGACUGUUAGCACCCAAACUAUAUGUUUCCCCCACUUCAGACACAGCGUGCGUGUGUGAAGCAAACUGCACCAGUGGGGCGGGAUGUCAGAUAAAUAGCCUAGGCUAGUUUACAUAUUGAUACUUGAAAAUUCAGUGGUCUGUUUUGCAUGCAAAAAUACAAUGGAUUCAAGUUCUCUACAAUUUGUUAUCCCAAACUGACCUGAAAUGGCUUCUUCACAACAAUUAAAAGAAAAUCACACAACGAGUUUAAAAAAAAGUAGAAGGGUCCCCAAGUAACAAUUCAAGCUGAACAGUAAGAACAGAACUUGAUUAUUGGUUGAUUUAA